UCAGAGCUGUAGAUCAGUCAACACACGUGCUGCUUUCCUUCAUGUAUUUACAUCAUUAUAUCGCUGUAUUUACAGCAUACUGACGUCAUGACGCUUUAAAUUAAACACUGUGUGUUUUAGUUAUCCACUGAUAUGGUUACAUGUUAACCAGACUGUUUUUUAAGGAAGAUGAGCUGAAGAAGAGUAUAUAUCAUGAAGAUCGAAACACCGGCGGAUCAACAGAUGGAAUCACCUUCAUCAUCAUCAUCAUCAUCAUCCUCGUGCUGUAAGAGGAAAGCUGAGGACAGUGUGAUCUCAGACUGCUGUCAGAAGAGACUCAAACUACAGCAGGAUGUGCUGACGGUGAAGGACGUGUGUGAUCUGAUCCAGUAUGUCACUCUCAAGCGCUGUAACAGAGUGAAGAAGCCCAGCUGGUUCAGCGUCAGUGAUGAUGCGCGUCUGUCCCGCGUGAACGUGAUGAUUCUGGACGGACUGACGCAGAGUCACUUCUACAGAUACUUCAGUCAGUUCAGACACCUCCGCAACAAAUACAGCUCAAGAUGGACUCUGGCGCCCUCGUCAUGUGACCCGCUGACCUCUGACCUCCUCAGCAGUAAGGUCACAGUAGAAACACGCAUGCCGCUGCCAGCCUCGCUGAUGUGGCAUCCCGUGAUUCGCCGCUUCGGUUCGAGCGCCGCCGGGCUGAGCAGCUUCCUGCUGACCAAAGAGGAGAUGAUCAAACACAACUUCCCUGUGAAGGGUGGGCGGGGCUGUGAGGGGUUCGUGUGCACCGAGAGCGACGGGCGCGUGACGGACGGCAGUCCUCUGUUCGGCCUGGACUGUGAGAUGUGCCUGACGAGUGAGGGGUUAGAGGUCACGCGUGUGGCGCUGGUGGACGAAGCUGGACACUGUGUGCUGAAUGAGCUCGUCAAACCGCCAAACCCCAUCAUCAACUACUGCACCAGGUUUUCUGGAAUCACUCGCUCGAUCCUGGAGCCCGUCUCCACGUGUCUCGCAGACGUUCAGCGUAAACUCCUUCAGCUGCUGCCGCGUGACGCUGUGCUGGUCGGACACUCUCUGGACGGAGACCUGCGAGUCUUACACAUGAUCCACCCUCACGUCAUCGACACGUCUCUGCUGUACCGUCAGGAGUUCGGCGGCAGGUUCAAACUCAAGCGUCUGGCUCAAGUGAUUCUGAACCGGGAGAUCCAGUCGGAGGACCGCAAAGGUCACGACCCCUGUGAGGACGCGCUGGCCGCUCUUCAUCUGGCUCAGUACUUCAUCAGGAAGGGACCCAGAGAGGUGCUUGAGGAUCAUCACAAUGAAUUGUGGGAUUUUCCUGAGAUCAAUGAUCACGUGAUCUUGUCCGAUCAUCAGCUCAGCUCUCUCAGCUUCGGCCACGCCCUCUACGGAUCUGGCCAAUCAGCAUUGUUCCUGGGCGGUGCAGCGGAGACGAGCGGCUCUGUGUCCAAUCAGCAGUGCCGGAGACAGCAGUGCUUCAGUGACAGAGAGGUGGUGUGUGUGUUCAGACGGCUGGUUCAGUCGUAUUCACUCAGUGUCCUUCGGUUCUCGUCAUUCAGCAACACACUGAAUCAAACGACAGCGACGGGACGACAGCGGCACCUGCAGCAGGUGUGUGAGCGUCUGAGGCAGAUGUGUGUGUUGUAUGUCGGCCCGCUGCCCGCUGAUGGCACAGAGAGACACGUACACAAACUACUGAAGCGCUGCGGACGCCUGCGGACCGUACGACUGCUGCACCACACACACGGGGUUCAUGCGGAGGUCGUGUUUGAGCAUCUUGAAGGAGCUCAGCUGGCUCUAGAUCAUCUGAAUGGACACCAGAUCAACGACUGCACCAUCAAGGUGCGGCGGCCCGUACACGAGCUCUGUCUGGAUCUGGACGAGCGUCUCUCUGAGCGUCAGAACGACCGUCUCAACAGUCACAUGAUCUACGUGUGUAAUCUGUCCACUAAUCCGCAUUGCCAUGAUGACCUGCUCCAGACCUUCAGACAGUUCGGCCCCAUUCAGCAGGUCACCUGCGCCAAGGAGCAUGCUGGGAAGCGCAGCAGACACGCCUUCAUCGAGUUCGAGUGUGCUGACAGUGCUCAGGCCGCAGUGGGCGUCACCCUCCAGAUCGGCAGCAGGAAGUUGUCAGUCUGUCAGGCUCUGACUCCGCCCCACAUGACCUCAUGGACGCACACACACCCCGUUACUACAGAAACCAGCCCAGAGACGGCAGAGCAGAGAGAGGAGUGUGAUGUGAGUGACAGCUGUCAAUCGAACAGAAACGCCUUAGUUGUUUCUCCUAGUAAUGAGAUGAAAUGUCUCCAGCUGUCAUGUGACCUACAGGAGCCGCUGCUGGAGCGUCAGAUGAAGAAACUGGACAGGAGAGUGGGAAAAGUGUUUCGAGCGCUGGAGAGGAACUGCCUGAGCGUCGUGAUCCUGCCUGGAGACAGGAGCGGCGGCGUCGAUCAUCCCGGCCUCUGCUUCAUUCACAUCAAACAGACGUGAGCAGCUGCUGUGACUCCGCCCAGCUCGCCUGUGAUUGGCUGAAGUGAUUGAGACCAAUGUUUUUAUCACACCUGUGAGCAGAUUUUAAUGUGUUAAUACUGUUCAGAAUAAACAUGACUGAAGAGUGCA